GUCCGUCCCGUGCUCCUGCCCUGCCAGCUGUCCUGCCAGCCUUGUCAUUCAGCUGCUCUAUGGGGAUCCCUGCUGCACCCCUAUUGCUUCCAUAACCCUUCCCUGCCUGGGCUACCACAGGGCUAGGGGCAGGGGAGUGAACAACACAUCCAGGACAGGGAGCUGGCUGUGCCAUCACCCGUGUCACCUGUCACUCCAGAAAGACCGGAAGAAGAGCUAUGGUGUCUGCUCCUUCCAUGGUGGGGACCUCAAGAACGGCCAGCCAGGGUGGCAUGGUGCACAGCCUGCAGGAGCUGAGGCGCAGUGCAUCCUUGGCCACCAAGGUCUUUGUGCAGCGGGAUUACAGUGACGGAACCACAUGCCAGUUCCAGACGAAGUUCCCUCCUGAGCUGGAGAGCAGGAUUGAGAGGCAGCUCUUCGAGGAAACAGUGAAAACUCUUAAUGGCUUCUACGCUGAGGCAGAGAAGAUUGGGGGCAGCUCGUACCUGGAGGGGUGCCUAGCCUGCGCCACUGCCUAUUUCAUCUUCCUCUGCAUGGAGACACACUACGAGAAGGUCCUGAAGAAAAUCUCUAAGUACAUCCAGGAGCAGAACGAGAAGGUCUAUGCACCACGGGGUCUCCUGCUCACUGAUCCCCUGGAGCGUGGAAUGAGAGUUAUCGAGAUCUCCAUCUAUGAGGACCGGUGCAGCAGUGGCAGCUCCAGCAGUGGCAGCUCUAGCAGCAGCAGUGGGGGGGGGGGUGGGAGGGCUGGGGGCCGGUGA